CGGCGACGCCGCCACCUUCGCGCUCUCCAUCUCCCCUGUACCUGUACACGACGAUAGACGGUAGCCUUGGGCACCGCGACACGACACCCGCGAAGCCUGCGAGCGCGUCUGGGCAGGGUUUAUGCAGUGGUACAUGGUCUGGUCUCCGACGUUCCUUGCUAUUCUUCUUUUCCUCCGAGGCCAGUUCCUCGUCAAGACGACACGUGCGGCAAUCCAUCCUUCCCCCCACUCGGCAGCAUGGACGUCAGAUCGGAUGCUAGCUGCUCGCGAGAAGACACGAGAGCUCUGGUAUCAUGGAUUUGACAACUAUAUGGAGCAUGCAUUCCCUCUAGAUGAGUUGACACCCCUCUCAUGUAAUGGCCAAGGCCCCGACUGGGCGAACCCUGCAAACAUUGCAUCCAACGACGUUGCGGGCAACUUCUCUCUCACCCUCAUCGACGUCCUCGACACCUUUGUCAUCCUCAAUGACCCCGAGGGCUUCAAUAAUGCCGUCCGAAAUGUUAUAGACUGGGUUCACUUCGAUGUGAAUACCAAGCCGCAGGUUUUCGAGACAACAAUUCGAGUGUUGGGUGGACUGCUGUCGGGGCAUAUAUUCGCAAGCGAGCCAGGACCUUUCUACUUGCCGUGGUACAGAGGAGAGCUUCUGAACCUUGCACAUGAUUUGGGAAAGAGGCUACUUCCUGCCUUCGGUACCCCAACAGGCUUGCCUGUAGCACGCAUAAACUUACGACAUGGGAUUCAAAGGGGAGAGUCCGUUGAGACUUGCACUGCAGGAGCCGGCUCCUUAAUCCUCGAAUUUGCCACCCUCAGCCGCCUGACAGGGGACGAGCGCUUUGAGAAGGUCGCUCACAAAGCCUUCUUUGCCUUGUGGAAUCGCAAGUCAGACGUCGGGUUGGUUGGGAACACCGUCAACACCUGGACAGGGGCGUGGACCAGCCCGCUGGCCACUGGGAUCGGCGCGGGCAUCGACUCGUUUUUUGAGUACGCGCUCAAGUGGUAUAUUAUGAGUGGCGACGUCGAGUUUCUCGACGUCUGGGAUGACGCCUAUUCAGCGAUCAUGCGCUACAUACGCUCGCCAGACGGCUUUUGGUAUCGACAGGUUAACAUGAACACCGGCGAUCCAGCGUAUGCUACGAUAGACUCCCUUGCGGCUUUCUGGCCAGGAUUGCAAGUCCUUGCAGGCGACGUCCAGAGCGCGAUCCGGUUACACAUGCUUUACACCGAUAUUUGGAAGCUCUACUCGGGCAUACCGGAGGUUUAUGAUACGAGCUUCAAGGUUGCGACGUCGUUCCAGUACCCUCUACGACCCGAGUUCGUAGAGUCGACGUGGUACCUCUACCGAGCAACGCAAGACCCGUACUACCUUGACGUCGCUGAGCGCAUUCUGUUCGACAUCACAACACGCUCGAAGGUAGAGUGCGGCCUUGCUGGCAUACAAGACCUUCGGACGAACAAGCGAGACGACCGCAUGGAGUCGUUCGCUUUGUCAGAGACGCUGAAGUACUUGUACCUUUUGUUUGAUGAGGACAACUACCUGCAUCGCGACGACUCAAAUUGGGUCUUCACCACCGAAGGCCACAUCCUGAAGCUCGGCAAGGAGAAGCAGCGCCCAAAGCGUCGAAAGCUGCGCGGGAUUGAGGGUCAUCAGUGUCCCGCGUACGAGCCGCAUAUCGCUGUACCAGAUUCACUAGGAUCGAACACGGGCCUGACUGUAGGCAUCCGCGGUCGCCCGGACUACGAUUAUGCCCGCGAGCUUGUCGACGGCCGUCCGGAAGGGGCGGAUAUGAGGGCGUGGAGUCCAGAUGGGUGGUGCGAGAGGCCGAAGGUUGAGCUUUUCGCGUAUGACUUCAUACUGUCGACGGAUGGCACAGUACCGCCGGAGGACCUGAGUCCAAGUCUGCUAAAGCUCGCGCCCGUCCGGGAUGGGUACAUCAUCCACAACGUGACUGGCGUGCGCACGCAUAUCGUGCAGCGUCUGGAUGGCAAGGGGUACGACGUGCGCAAAUUGGGCCACUACAACGUACGAUCGGGACAGGUCGUCUACAUCAACGAUACCACCCUCUUCCGAGUAUCGGACGACCUCGGGGACGCCCUUCGCAUCGAGCACGAUGUGCAGCUGCAGUUGUAUCACUCCCUACCAGACGACAUGGCUUUGGCAGACGCCGAGCUUGAGAGACCGAAUUACGACCCGGCUGACGCUCACUUCGUAACUGGAUACACAGCUCACUUCGGCGGCGAUGUCACCUCAGCCUUGCCCUUCGCGCAUCGCGGUGGUGUUCCAAUACACACGGACCCAAGCAAUUCGAUAGGAUGCGCACCGUUCGCUCCUGACGAACGAUUCAACGGUGGCGUGCUCGUCGUCGAUCGUGGCCAAUGUACAUUCCUCGAGAAGCUCAUCCACGCUCGCGAUGCCGGCGCGGUUGGCGUCCUCGUGGUCGGCAAUGAAGACGCGGCCGUCAACCCAACAGCGGACGCCGACGAACUGGCGACUGCCGGCGACCUCAGCGGUGUCGUGUUGCUGACCCUCACACGGUCAGCGGGUCGCACGCUGAGGAAGAUGCUCGCGGACGCUGAGCAGCGGCGACUGGGGCAGGUGAUGCUGCUUUUGGAUCCGGAGGGGAGGCUGUCGGAGGUGCGGUCGGUGGGGGCGGAGAUGGACGGGGAGGAAGAGGAGAGGGUGGAGGAGUCGGGCCAGGAGAAUAGGAUACUGUAUCUCAAUGGGCAUCCGCUACUCAAUACAAAGAUAAUUGUGUAGCUUUCUGCUGGGCGAACCCUUGGCUGCGGUUAUGCACAUCGUUC